AAAGUCUCUCAAAUGCUGGAACGAACGGAUGAAAUUUGAUUCGAACGAUCAGGUUCGAGGACCGCGGUCAUUCCUGGGGGAAAUCCCGGCUCCUCGCGACUCGCCUCCGGCUUUCAUACCUUGAGUGAAAACAAAGACACACCGCGAAUAACCGACGAUGAUGUACUCGCCGGACAAGAUGAUGGGCAGCAAGGGACUCCACGGGGCGCCCAUCACCGCCCCAGGAUGCUUUCCUUCGGGGCGAUACUCGCCAUCCCCCUACCGAACUGCCCCGGAACCCAUGCCACCCCCGCCCAGACGAUGCAUGCCGAAUCCAACCAGUCGAAUACUGGAGGACGCGUCGAUAAUGUGCAAUUCCUGGUCACCGCGACACAACGGUGACAUCUUCGGUGGAUUGAACGGAGGUCUUCAGGAUGGGCUUCUCUCGCGAGCGGAAGCCCUCGCCGCUGACCUCGGAAAGCACAACGCGGGUACCCCGAUGCCCUUGAAGCACGACCCCGUGGCGGUCUACCAUCACGGUGCCCACAUGCCAACCCCGCACCCUAACAACCGGCCACAUCACCAGGUACAAUCACAUCUCUUUAUGAGCCACCCGGGCAUGGAGAGCCUGGACAUGCUGGACCCGGCGAACUCGAUGACGACGCUGACCCCGAUGUCGGACAGCUCGGGGGGCGGGUCGGGUCACCACGGGGGAAUCCACGGGCCUUCGGUCUACGGUGGGAUGAACGGUAUGAUGGGACACCACCACCACACAAACAUAGGGGGCACGGUCCCCCACCCCCACCACCACCCGGCGAUGGCGGCGGCAGCGGCGGCGGCGGCGGCGGCCGGUCUCCACCCGGACGCGGACACCGAUCCGCGGGAGCUCGAGGCCUUCGCCGAGAGGUUCAAGCAGCGUCGUAUAAAGCUUGGCGUGACGCAGGCCGACGUCGGCAAGGCGUUGGCGAACCUGAAGCUCCCGGGCGUCGGGGCGUUGUCCCAGUCGACGAUAUGCAGGUUCGAGUCGCUGACCCUCUCCCACAACAACAUGAUCGCCCUGAAGCCGAUCCUCCAGGCGUGGCUCGAGGAGGCGGAGGCCCAGGCGAAGAACAAGCGGCGGGACCCGGACGCGCCGUCGGUGCUUCCGGCCGGCGAGAAGAAGCGGAAACGGACGAGCAUCGCCGCCCCCGAGAAGCGAUCCCUCGAGGCUUACUUUGCGGUGCAGCCACGCCCCUCGGGCGAGAAGAUAGCCGCGAUCGCGGAGAAGCUUGACCUCAAGAAGAACGUCGUUAGGGUCUGGUUCUGCAACCAGCGGCAGAAGCAGAAGCGCAUGAAGUUCGCCGCCCAGCAUUGACCCGAGGGCGGCUUGUGACAGCAAAACUGACUGUACCCGCCGCCCAGCCUUGAACCGAAGCCCGAACCCCUGAGCGAGUACCAGGGCUGGCCCUAGACUCGCGACACGGAGUUUCGGUGAUAGCUGACGGCGGGACCAUAGUCAAUUUGCCACAGGCCACGGCGAUCCUGUCCCAACCCAACCCUCGAGUAGCCCCGACUUUAUA